ACGGCGAACGCUGCCACGUCAACCGCAGGGCGCAGCGAGCGUCCUGAUCCUUCCGCCCAGACGCUCAGGACGGCGGCCCGCUGCCCACAAGACUCGGCCUCAGAACCCCAGUAUUAGUAGGAGAACAUUUUAGGACGGGGGUUGGGUGACUCUAGGGCACUGGUUUUUUUUCCAGAGAGCGAAACAGGAGAGGAAAAGUAGUCCCUUCUCGGCUGUUCUGCGGAGGGAUCUCCUUGAGGCGGUGAACGCCGAUGACUAUAUAAGGACGCGCCGGGUGUGGCGCAGCUAGUUCCGUCGCAGCAGGGAUUUGGGUAGCGGUUGUUGUUUGUUGGUCGCUGUGAUCGCCGCUUGACAAUGCAGAUCUUUGUGAAGACUCUGACUGGUAAGACAAUCACCCUCGAGGUGGAGCCCAGUGACACCAUCGAGAAUGUCAAGGCAAAGAUCCAAGACAAGGAAGGCAUCCCUCCUGACCAGCAGAGGCUGAUCUUUGCUGGGAAACAGCUAGAAGAUGGUCGCACCCUGUCUGACUACAACAUCCAGAAAGAGUCCACCCUGCACCUGGUUCUCCGUCUCAGAGGUGGGAUGCAGAUCUUCGUGAAGACACUCACUGGCAAGACCAUCACCCUUGAGGUCGAGCCCAGUGACACCAUCGAGAAUGUCAAGCAAAGAUCCAGAAAGGAAGGCAUCCCUCCUGACCAGCAGAGGCUGAUUUUCGCUGGAAACAGCUGGAAGAUGGUCACUGAUCGCUACCUGACCCUGUCUGCUACAACAUCCAAAAGAGUCACCCUGCACCUGGUUCUCCGUCUCAGAGGUGGGAUGCAGAUCUUCGUGAAGACCCUGACUGGUAAGACCAUUACCCUCGAGGUGGAGCCCAGUGACACCAUUGAGAAUGUCAAGGCAAAGAUCCAAGACAAGGAAGGCAUCCCUCCUGACCAGCAGAGGCUGAUCUUUGCUGGGAAACAGCUGGAAGAUGGUCGCACCCUGUCUGACUACAACAUCCAGAAAGAGUCUACCCUGCACCUGGUUCUCCGUCUCAGAGGUGGGAUGCAGAUCUUCGUGAAGACACUCACUGGCAAGACCAUCACCCUCGAGGUCGAGCCCAGUGACACCAUUGAGAAUGUCAAGGCAAAGAUCCAAGACAAGGAAGGCAUCCCUCCUGACCAGCAGAGGCUGAUCUUUGCUGGGAAACAGCUGGAAGAUGGUCGCACCCUGUCUGACUACAACAUCCAGAAAGAGUCCACCCUGCACCUGGUUCUCCGUCUCAGAGGUGGGAUGCAGAUCUUCGUGAAGACACUCACUGGCAAGACCAUCACCCUCGAGGUCGAGCCCAGUGACACCAUUGAGAAUGUCAAGGCAAAGAUCCAAGACAAGGAAGGCAUCCCUCCUGACCAGCAGAGGCUGAUCUUUGCUGGGAAACAGCUGGAAGAUGGUCGCACCCUGUCUGACUACAACAUCCAGAAAGAGUCCACCCUGCACCUGGUUCUCCGUCUCAGAGGUGGGAUGCAGAUCUUCGUGAAGACCCUGACUGGCAAGACCAUCACCCUCGAGGUCGAGCCCAGUGACACCAUCGAGAACGUCAAAGCAAAGAUCCAAGAUAAGGAAGGCAUCCCUCCUGACCAGCAGAGGUUGAUCUUUGCCGGGAAGCAGCUGGAAGAUGGUCGCACCCUGUCUGACUACAACAUCCAGAAAGAGUCCACCCUGCACCUGGUUCUCCGUCUCAGAGGUGGGAUGCAGAUCUUCGUGAAGACACUCACUGGCAAAACCAUCACCCUCGAGGUGGAGCCCAGUGACACCAUUGAGAAUGUCAAGGCAAAGAUCCAGGACAAGGAAGGCAUCCCUCCUGACCAGCAGAGGCUGAUCUUUGCUGGGAAACAGCUGGAAGAUGGACGCACCCUGUCUGACUACAACAUCCAGAAAGAGUCCACUCUGCACUUGGUCCUGCGCUUGAGGGGGGGUGUCUAAGUUUCCCCUUUAAGGUUUCAACAAGUUUCAUUGCACUUUCAAUAAAGUUGUUGCAUUCCCAA